AUGGCUUCUUCGUCGACACCAGCGACGCCGCUGCUCUACUCCUGCAUCGCGCACAAGACGACCAUCCUGUCCGAAUGCACAACCUCGGCCUCGUCGCAGACGUCCUCGCUCGCGUCGCUGAUCCUGCCCAAGAUCGAGCACGCCAAGCCGCAGAAGCUGACCUACACGCACGGCGACCACCAGAUCCACUACAUCGCCGAAGCGCCCUCGGAGCACCCCGACCACCCGGCGACCGGGGGCCUCACCUUCCUAGUCAUCGCCGACGCCUCCCUCGGCCGCCGCGUGCCCUUUGGCUACCUCGUCGAGGUGCGCCGCCGCUUCUUCGCCGCCUUCCCCGAGACGGGCACCGACUUCGCCGACAUGCCCAACUACGGCGCCGGCUCGUUCAACGCGGUGCUGCGCACGCUCAUGGUCGACUACGGCGCGACGAGCGGCGGCCAGAGCGACGCCAUCGGCAACGCGCGCCGCGAGAUUGACGACGUCCGCGGCAUCAUGACCAAGAACAUCGAGAGCCUCCUGGAGCGCGGUGAGCGCCUGGACCUGCUGGUGGACAAGACGGACAGGCUGGGCGGGAGCGCGCGCGACUUUCGCGUGCGCAGUCGCGGGCUCAAACGCCAGAUGUGGUGGAAGAACAUCAAGCUCAUGGCCCUGCUCGGCCUGGUGCUUUUCAUCAUUAUACUGGUCAUUAUCAUUUCCGUCAAGAAUUGA